AUGACGGAAGGACGGGUCGAGGCCAGGGCCUCGCUGCCUGGCAACGCGCUCCCAGAUAUUCUGGAAGCUCCAUGGAAUUUCUUGACCCCUACUCACGAUUUGCACACCAUCGUUGCAGAUUCAACGAAACGCAUAUUGGACCCACUAGCCGCUUCUGUCGUUCAUGAUCAGUCUCUUCGGCGGCAGAUUAACAAGAAGCGCAGGAGAACGGCUGAUGGACUGGAGUCCUCGAACCCGCACCUUCAGCUCAAAAGUAUCUACGUUGAUGGGUUCACUCCCCAUCAGAUAUGGGAGCAGGCUACGAGAAUCCUCGAGGCUGCCGCUGGCGAAGUUGACCGGGACGUAUCCCUAAUCGCCAUGGACUCCUAUGAACCGUCGAACGGCAAAGACGAUAUAUCGGAAUAUACGGAUAGUGUGCUGGAGGAAUCUGAUGGCUUAUUAGAUGAGUCGGACUCUGUGUCGGAUGACGAGGAACCGGCAGAGGUUGACCAUUCGGAACAAGAUGAGUCUGAGGAUCUGAGUGACAUUGGAAUGGACGACGAGGAGAAAGAAUCGAAAGCAUCUGAGGAGGAAACCGGUGUUUUUAUUGAGGAUCGCUUCGGUCUCAAUGAUGGGUUUUUUUCGAUUGAUGACUUCAAUAAACAAUCCGAGUUUCUUGAAAGACAGGAUGCCAAAGGAGAGGCUGAGGACGACGGUGACAGUGACGAAGAGGUCAACUGGCAUGCAAACCCGCUCGAAAAAAAUACGUUGUCACAACAUAAACCGGUGGAACUGGUCACCGAUGGCGAUGACGCUGACGACGGCCCAACCUUUGGCAAUGCUGAUCUCUACGCCCCCUCAGACGAUGAGUCCCUGGAGGGAGAUGUCGAUACCCCUGACUGGGUCGAUACGAGUGAUAUCAAAUAUGCUGACUUUUUUGCACCACCGCCGCGAAAAGCUUCGUCCAAGAAACAUCGCGCAUUACCAAAAACCCAGCCCGCAAAAGAAAUCCAUGACGAGGAUAUUGAGCGUGCCAUGGCUGAUGUGCGUCGAGAUCUAUUUGAUGACGAAUCAGACGUCGAGGACGACGAAGCGGCGGCUGAGAAUGAGGGUCCACAAUCCACCCACGAGAGACGAAGAGCGCAGAUCGCAGACGAGAUCCGUCGACUAGAAGCUGCUAGCGUUGCAAAAAAAGAAUGGAUGCUCACUGGUGAAGCCAGAGCCGUCGAAAGACCUGUCAAUUCCCUCAUCGAGGAGGAUCUCGACUUUGAGCGAGUUGGCAAGCCGGUACCCGUCGUGACCAACGAGACAACAGAGGAUAUUGAAGAACUAGUCAAACGUCGAAUUCUCGCCAAAGAGUUUGAUGAAGUGGCUCGUCGUCGCCCAGGUGCCAUAGAUACAAAGCCCUCAAGAGGCAACCGCUUCGAGUUGGAGGAUACGAAGCCUCAGCAGAGUUUAGCCGAGCUCUACGAAGCCGACCAUCUGAAGGCUACUGAUCCAAGCUACUCCGACUCCAAGGAUCGAAAGCUCAUGCGGGAUCAUGCCGAAGUCACCAGUCUUUGGAAAGAGAUCAGCUCUCAACUGGACACCCUCUCCAACUGGCACUAUAAACCCCAGGCUCCUCAAGCGAGUAUCAAUGUUGUGACUGAUGCCCCUACGGUAAUGAUGGAAGAGGCUCGUCCAACAGCGGGUCACUUGGGAGAGUCAGCACUUGCACCCCAAGAAAUCUACGCACCAGGCGAUGACGGAAAGAAGGCCGGCGAGCUGGUUUUGAAGACCGGUGCUAGCCUUUCUAAGGAUGAAAUGAGCAGGGAAGAGAAGGCACGGGCCCGAAGACAGCAGAAGAAGGCCAAGAAGAGUGCGAGUGCCAGUACCCACAAAGCAGGCGCUGCUUCCCAGCUGGUCUCGGAUUUGAAGAAGGGCGGAGUCAAGAUAGUGAACAGGGAGGGACAGGUUACGGAAAUGGAUGGAGGCAAGGUUGGAACAAGCGCCAAGAAUAGCGCUGAUACCCUUAAACUCUAA